AAGAAGGUUAAAGGUACUUUGUACUAUUACUACUACUACUACUACAACACAUUGAAGUGGGAAGGAAAUGAAAGUGAUGAGAAUGGAACCUUUUCAAGAGAUGGCGAGAAUUGGAUAGAGGAAGAAGGAGAGACGACAACAAUCGAAGAACGAUCACUGUGUGGUACCAUCAUCUAUUGGACGGAUAGACGAACGGACGGACGGACGGAAGGAAAGAAGGACCAAGGAACGGAUGAAUUGAAUGGAUCAUCCAAUACAACCCAGUGUUUCAACUUAACACCACUACUACUAUUUACUGUUACUUCAACUGUUGCUACUUUUACUUCGAUUAUUUUAUUAAAUUAA